GGAAAAAAAGGAAGAAAGGAAGAAAGAAAGAGAAAGAGAGAAACAAAACAAAACAAGCUUGGAAAUAAACUGGCACAACUCCCUUCCCGCCUCAGGGAAUUAUAGGUUUCAGCAGGGCAGCUAAAAUGGGUUCAUUUGCAGGCCUGGCGCUUUCCCUCUUCUGGUUGUUUUGUGAAGAGGCAGUGAUCACUUCAAGCAUUCAGGAUGUCAACCAGACAAGCCAGUUCGGUCUACUCAACCCCGGCAGAAUGAAAACUGGGAAAACAGCUGUCCGAGAAACCUCUGAGAGAGCCCGCCGGUCUCUUUCGCCCACUGAAUCUUCAACCUUUACCACUCUGAAAGCCCAGUCAAGCACAACCAACACCACCAUCUUGGCUGAGAUGUUAAACUCCAGCCCAGAAGUAACAACGAGGUCAACUAUGUCCAUUCCAGAUCCAGAGACCUGGAUGGCAACUGCUACUGACCUAGUGACCGGGGUCACCUCCGAGACCACUACGUCCACUCUGACCUCAUGGAGAAAUGCCACCCUUUCAGGGGCAGAGACCACCAAAACUGAGCCCCAUGCUGAAGGUGAAACUUCACCACCCACGUCUACCGUUACCGAGAGAGCUACCCCAAGUCCGCUGUCAACUACAACCACUGGCCCCACAGGAAAAGACACAUAUCCUCCUUUAUCUGGUUCUUUAAUUAAAGUCAGCACGUCCACGGAGCCAAAGACGAUGGGUCCCCUCACUGAAACCUCAACUUCAGAUGACUCCGGGAAAGGUAUGCACCGUACUGUGCACACAUUGGAGAUUUCAACUGCAGCUAAAAGGAUGGCAGUAACGGCAGUGACAACCACCAAGAUCACUCCCCAUGCCGGGACCUCAAUCUCAGGCAGCCCCUCCACAGAACCGAGGGCCCCAGGGAUCAGCUCCGAAACCUCAAAUGUAGAUGACUCCAGUGAAGAAAUCACAAAUGAGUCCCCAGCUGAGACCCCAGCUUCCCAAACCUCGACUAUAAUCAUCAGGGCCACGGAUUCGGAAAAGGCAUCAGCCACGGCCAAUUUCUUUGCCGAGACCUCGACGACGGGCAGCCCCUCCACAGAACCGGGGACCACAGGGGUCUCUUCUGAAAUCUCAACUUCAGGUGGCUCCAAUGAAAGUAUAAAUGGGACUGUGUCCCCUAUGGAGACUUCAGCUACAACCAGCAGCACCACAGUAAUGGUGAUGACAACCUCAGAGACCACUCCCUACACCGGGAACUCAAUCGCAGACAGCCCCUCCACAGAACCAGGGACCACAGGAGUCAGCUCGGGAACCUCAAAUUUAGAUGAUUCCAGUGAAGAGGAGGUCAAAGCCGGGUCUCCAGUCGAGACCUCAACUGCCCAAACCUCCACGGUAACCAACAGGGCUGCGGAUUUGGAGAAGGCAACGGUUAUGACCACUUCACUUCCCAAGACUUCGAUUAUAAUCAGUAGCUCUGCAGAGCCUGGGAAAACACGGGCCCCUUCUGAAACUUCUUUAGGUGUCUUCGGUGAAGGAAUUAACACGGCGGGGUCCCUUGCGAGGACUUCAGCUGCUGCCGGUAGCACGAUAGUAAUGCGGAAGACAACCACCAAGACAUCUUCCCAUGCCACGAUUUUAAUUACAGACAGCUCCUCCACAGCACUGUGGACCACAGGCGUACCCUCUGGAAUCUCAACUUUGGGUGACUCCAGUGAAGGAACAAUCAUAACAGUGUCCCCAACCAAAACCUCAACUGUAGAUGAUGCACCGUUGUUGGGCACAUCUCUAGCAAAUCAGAGACCCUUCACGAGUCUCCUGCCAAAGAUUUCCACCACCCCCGCGAGACAGCAGACCCCAACUAAUGAGACCACCUCAACGGCGGCGGGGAAACUGAACUCCACGAGUAUCGGCCCAGGAUACCAGACCCCUGCCAAUCUUGACAGUUGCCUUCCAGGUGGCGACAGUGGCUUUUUUCUCCUGAGGCUGCGGGUGAACUCCCUCCUGAACCUCACCGACCCCGAGGUUGGGAAGUGGCUUCUGCAGCAGAUUCAGUCGGAUCUGCGGUCCCAGGCCCCCUGCAGCCAGCUCUCCCUGCUGCAGAGCCGAGCGGAGAAGAAGCAACCUCCCCAGCAACACUCUAGGUUCUUCUGGAGAAGAACGAUGCCUCAGGCCCGGGACAGCGGGCGGUGAGACCCCGGGCUUCAAGUCCCUCCCAUCCUCCCUGCCCCUAUCCCAGGCCACCCGCCUGAAGAAUGCUCACAGAAUCCUCCAACUCAUCAUCAUCAAUUGUACUUAUUGAGCGCUUACUAUGUGCAGAGCACUGUAACUCAAAUAGCUCUAGAGAGAUCAUCAUCCCAUCCAGCCUCCUGUCUCUGGGCAGGGCGACCCAAAUCUAGCUCUUAAAGAUGGACAAUUCAUUCAUUCAU